CCCCCCCCCUCCAGUUUGCCGCUGCUCACAGCUCGAUCUGGGAGCGGAGCGCAUCCCAUCCCACCGCCAGCCAUCCUCCUCUUCUCCUCCUCUCCUCUCCUCUCCACCGGCUCUGGAUUUAGCCGCGCGCCGCCUGGCACCGACGCGGAGGGAUUUGGAUGCGUCUCGCGCCGGCCGACCCCCCGGCGGACACUCUCUCCGGUGGUCAGUGAGGAAUGUAUUUGACCGGCUGGUGCAUGCGGGAGAAUAUGAACGCACUGCCCCCCCAGUGAACUGGCUUUCGGAGCAGGUUCUCUCUUCUGGGGAUGCUAGAGUCUGGGCUCGUGGUCUCCAUGCACCCGCACAGGAUCCGGGAAUAAGGUGAAGACUUUUCGGCCAGACCCCCCCCCCCCCCCCCCGGAGCGCUUGACUUUGCGAUUUCCUCCUGAUUUUUUUUCUGUUUGUGGACACACACUUCUGUUCAUUUCGAGGCGGAUUGCGAGCACAUUUUGGGAAGCGCGCGAGUUCACCAUGGGGGACUCGAUGUGGAGAUAUUAUGUUGGAGUUUUGUUUCUCGCCUUCAAAGUGGACUUGGCUCGGGCGCUCAUCCUGGAGUCCAUCUACUGGAACACGACGAACACCAGAUUUGUGCCAGGCCAAGGUGUGGUUUUAUACCCCCAGAUCGGGGAUAAGUUGGACAUUGUGUGCCCCCGAGUGGACGGCGGGGUGAGCGACGGCGUGGAGUAUUACAAGGUGUACAUGGUCCCCAAGGAGCAGCUGGAGAGCUGCACCAUCACCAAGGCUGACACGCCUCUGCUCAACUGCGUCAAGCCUGACCAAGAUGUCAAGUUCACCCUCAAGUUCCAGGAGUUCAGCCCUAAUCUGUGGGGACUGGAGUUCUUCAAGGGAAAAGAUUAUUACAUCAUCUCCACAUCCAACGGAACCAUGGAGGGCAUUGACAACCAGGAGGGAGGUGUAUGCAAGACUAAGUCAAUGAAGAUUACCAUGAAAGUGGGGCAAAGUCCCUCAGACCCGGUUUCACCCAAAAACUACCCCACCAGAGUACCUUACCCUCCCAAGCACCCAGAGGGGAAAGACCCGCACAAACCUAACGAAGUUCUGGAAAAGCCAGGUGUGUCUCCCAGAGAGGGCAACGACAACAACGGGGGCGGGGGGAAGUCCUCCAGCGCCAUCGGCUCGGAGGUGGCCAUCUUCGUGGGCAUCGCCUCGGGCAGCGUCAUCUUCAUCAUCAUCAUCAUCAUGCUGGUCCUGCUGCUGCUCAAGUACCGGCGGCGGCAUCGCAAGCACUCGCCGCAGCACGCCGCCACGCUGUCCCUCAGCACCCUGGCCACGCCCAAACGCAGCGGAGGGGGCGGGAACAAUAACGGCUCCGAGCCCAGCGACAUCAUCAUCCCGCUCAGGACUGCUGACAGCGUCUUCUGCCCGCACUACGAGAAGGUCAGCGGCGACUACGGACACCCCGUUUACAUAGUCCAGGAGAUGCCCCCCCAGAGCCCGGCCAACAUCUACUACAAGGUCUGAGCUGGAACUGGAACCCACGGGAAUCGGAUCAGCCCACAGGCAGAGCAGAGCUUUGUUUGGGCCGGUGCCCCCCCCCGCACGCCCACAAAGGAACUCACUCACUCUUUCGGUCUGUCUUGUUCUGUCAACUUCUCCUUUCCACUGAUGUUUUGUCACUAUUUUUACCCGUUCUCAAAUGUUCGCCCUGCUUUGGCCACAGCCCUGUGGAUGGGAGAGGCAGGGUCCAGCUGAGGGUCCAGGCAGAAGGCCCUGCUGCUCUCUGGGAAGUAGAGAGGACCUCCUCUAUUUCCCCGCUGUUGCUCCCUGGUUCGUUUUGUGCAAUGCAGCCGGCAUUCUGGGGUCAACAGAGUGUUCACGGGACAGAUGCAGACUAUGAUCUUUUUCUUUGGAAUGGACAGACGCGUAUGUGGAUGAUAUGGUGAUUACUUCAAGAGGGGAAAGAGGAGCUGAUAUGGUUGUCGGCUUCACGUGAAGAGAGACUACUGCUUGACAAUGAGAGGGAAAAAGAGACACAAGAGGGGAAUCUAAGUAGAAUACGGGCUAACGGUGAACUCACAAAAUGGCAGCCCUGCACUAAUGCUCACAAGCCAGAGAGACUGUGCAGAUUUACCAGCUAAACGAAGAGAAGAAGAAAAAAUCUGACACUGAUCCCCUUUGGGAUCUCUGACUGACAGAGAUCACCAUUCCCAUCGCCACCCACAUGCUAACCAUUACACGUAUAAACAUAAUCACCCAUGCACACAGAAGCAGUCUCACUGGACAAUGUGAAGUAGCCGGGCUUUAGUGUUCAUCGCUCCAUUUCUCCACAUGUUCAGAUCCCUUCUUUUAGAAGUGAUUCAAAGGUUUUAACAGCUGAUUGUCUUUUCCAUUAGCAUCUCCUGGUCAGCUCUGUUUAUUUAUAUCCUGGUGAAAGUCAAAGGAAAGUUUAGGUUUUCUAUCCCUGUAGUGGAAUGUGGCCCUCACAGUGGCUAAAAGUGGGAAAGGCCCCUCCCCUUCGAUUUAGGGUGCAGAAAAAAGAGGGACGCCCAGGUGGACUUUGGAGAGUGGAGGACCUCUACCUUAGAGUACAUAGUGCAGCACUUUUAAUCUCCAUUGUUCGUUUUGGUACCUCCAUUCCUCACGGCGGUCCACAGAGAGGGAUCUUUAGACGGGAGAGCGGCUGCUUCCCACCAGAGCAGCGCAGGCUGGACUCCAGGACCUGGAUUUCUCCUCACAGGAAAACAUUCGUAACUGUCAGAAAUCUAGUUCACCCUUUUUACCUUUUUAUUUUUCUACACAUCUGUUGUUUAAGAGGCCCGAGAUCCGGUCGAGGUCAGUUUGACUGGCCGUUACUGCUCUAGGUACUGUAAUGCUACCCUUAGGGGUCCAGUGAUGAUUAAGGGUACCUGAAGGGCCCAGAAUUAGCAUGUCGGUGCUCUCCUAUGUUUUUUUUCUCCUUUUUUUGUUUCUUUUCAAUUGUCAUGGUCUCCUGUUUUCAUUUAGCAUUUCAUUCUUUGUGAGUCGUAUUUCUUAUUUGUAGAUGUACAUUUAAAAGACAUUAAAUAUUAAAAAAGAUUAAAAAUUGAGAUGACAAGUAAAAUUUUAUUUAUGGUAGAUACAUAGAUACAGGUAUGGACAGGCGGUAUGGAGGACAAGAAUAUCUAAUAUUAAUAUAUGAUGGUAUAAUUGCACAUUAUGCAAUGUAUGUUUCUGAUUAUUUGAUAUCUUUUGACUCACUGAGUGGUGUUUUCACAAGCUCUCACUCAGCCGCAGAGCUUAGUCUCUGGGAAGAGGAGCAGGAAAGACGAGUCUGAGCUUCAGCUUUGUCUGGAGUCGAGUCCUCUGACCCGAGAUAGUUGCGUUAGCGUCAGCAAAGGCAGACUGGUUGCGUCUCCCACACUCAACUCCAAAGGAAAUUCACACGAAAGCCAGUGCACUAAUUCCCCUUCUAGACACACCCCUCAUGCUCUCCGUGGAACUGUGUUGUUGUGCAUGUUUGUAUGUGAGCAUUUAAGUGACUUCACCCACAUUGACAGCAUUGGCUUAAGAACUUAUUUGUGGCUUCAUCGAAUUACUUGCCCAUUGGUGACAUCACUGUUGACAUAAUCAUAGAUCCAUGCAUCAAUUUCCACCGAAAAGCCAAGCCUUGUAUUAUCUGAGGUUUGUGCCUCUGAGAGGCAACAAAAUCUGCAAAUAUGCAAUUCUUAUUUAUUUUUUUAAUCAAUUGUGAGAAAAAAAAACACCUCUGGAAAGUGUUCUUAACCACUGAAAGAUGUAACAACACACAACACGACUAUUAUAUCACACAAGUCUGCUGUUAGCUUUUUCCUGCAUUACCUGUAUUUGAAACUUUUUAGUUUUGACGACGUGCCGUAGUAUAAAAGUAUACUGUGAAAACGAUGACAUUAAAAAGCAUACAUAACACAACUCGACAGGUAUUUCAAACGAGAAAAGAUACAACAGAACAAUGCCUACGUAGUUGCUGUCCAGCUGCGGCAGAAUAUGACAAUCUUAGUUUUUUUUUUCCUUUUUGAAAUCUGGCGUCCUUUUCUUAGCUGCUGCUCAACUAAAGCUCUCCCAGCAUUCAGCAGGUGUGCUCCUACCUGCUCUGAGUGUUGUAGCGAUGACAUGAGAGUCUUAGCACACAGGCUAGGAGAAGCACCUCAGGCUACUGUAAAAUGCCUUGCUCAUAUGGUCAGCCCUCAGUAAUUUUGCACCGUAUUUCUGUAGGUAAGAGACUGUAAAUACAUUCAUGUUUGUAUUGUAUAUGGAUCCUGGGUUGUCACAAUAGCCUUAUUCAUCUUUGUAGGAAAGUAAAUGAAAAAAAGUUCAAACGAAAAAAAAAGAUAAAAGAAAAAAGAAAAGAAAAGAAAAAUACUCACAUAUAAAAUGGGACACACUUCAGUAAAGCAGAGCAUACUACUUUUUUGGUAAAUAGAUUAUGUAAAUAUGGCCCAGAACCCAAUAAAAACAUUUUUUUAUAAAUUCUUAAAGUAAGAUGUUUUGUAUAAAAAUUUGAAUUCUUUUGCUAUGUAUUUUAGCUAGCGCUCAAUGGGAAGUCCACCUCCUCCCCAUUCCCUCCCUUUUUGCACUGUUUCCAUGGUAAUUUGGUUUAAAAAAAAGUUGCCAAACCAACUGCUGCAUAUUUGUGCCAUAAGUGUGUACCAUGAAUAUUUAUUUGACUAGUUUUUUUUUCUUUUAUGGUCUGUCAAUGAUUUCUUUCAGUCCAGUUUGUAAGUAACAGUAUUAUAUUUACACUGUUUGUCAUCCCCUGGUUUUCUUUAGUCAUCUUUACCGGCCAGCUGUAGCCCUUUUUUCCCAUUCCUCGCAGUAUGAAAUGGCCAGGGUGUCAAAAAAGGUUUCAAAAUUCAGACAUUUAAAUUAAGUUAAAUGACACACAUUCCACCAGUCUGUUACAAACUGAAAAUGUUUUUCAAUAAAAUGUUUUUUCCUA